AAAAAUAAAAAGUAAAGUGAGAAUAUCCAACUUUUGAAAUAUGGGAACAAAAUGUGGUCGAUGGAAUCCAACGGCGGAACAGGUUAAAGUUCUAACUGACCUGUUCCGGUCUGGACUCCGUACCCCGACCACUGAUCAGAUUCAAAAGAUAUCCUCUCAGUUGAGCUUUUAUGGAAACAUCGAGAGUAAGAAUGUCUUUUAUUGGUUCCAAAACCAUAAAGCUAGAGAAAGACAGAAACGUCGUCGUAAGAUUUUGGUCGAUGAGCCAAUAAUUGAUGAAGACAGAAUCCAAUUCAAUAAUAUCUCUUCAAACAAACAUUUUCCAGAGAAAAAUACUAAUCAAGAGGUGGAUGAGGCAGCAGAAAGAGCACUAGAGACUUUGCAACUCUUUCCACUAAAUUCAUUAAGUGAAUAUGCAGAGACGGAGAAGCUAAGGUUUUUCACAGAGGAAUACAUGAGGGAAAAUAUGACAUUUUCAUGCACCAUCGGAGCUGAAAUGGAUCAUCCAACGUUGGAUUUGCGUCUAAGCUUCUUCUCAUAGAAAUAUAAAAACUACUUAUAAGUAUUAAUAGUAGUAUAUUUAUGUUAGUCAUGUGGAUGGUUUCAGAGCACAUAUUAUCAUUAAUUUCCUGCUAGUAUAAGGAGGGUAGCAAGUUUGUUGUAGUGAUUAUCUAAUGAGUAAUCUUGAAAAUGAACGUAGCUCAAGAAAAUGCAUUGAUACUUGUAUUACUACUACUAAUUAAUCCAAUUUGGUUCGACA